AUCUGGCAACACCGCGGCGACGUCUUAAACUGAAUUUGCGAGGCAAUUAAUUGAAUUAAUUGCAUUUUCUACAGCUGUAGUGCAAUGAUAUGCCGCCUGUGCCUGCACGAUGCGGAGCACAGUGUGCCAAUCUUCGACCAGGAUGACUCCGGCGAUCAGCCAGUGCCCUCCAAUCUGGCGGAGCUAAUUGAGAAACACCUGCAGUUGGUGCUCCUGCCCAACGAUGGGGUGUCCAAGAGCCUCUGCACCCAGUGCUGGCAGCAGUUGGCCGACUUCGAGCAGUUCUGCGCCAUGGUGAUGAAGAAACAAUUGGGCCUGCAGCAACUGAAGAUGGAGCCGUUCUCCGAGGACGAGGAUGCGGACACAAAGGCGCAGAUCCUGUGCGAACCUGAGAUCGAUGUGAGUCCCGCGGCCGCCGACAACGAGGAGUGCAACGAGAUCGAUGGCGAUGCCAGCAGCAACAGCAGAAGCAGUAGCACUCGCACCACAUCGCUAGGAGAAAUGUGCCUGCUGUCGCCCCUUAGACGCCGUAUGCGUCUACCAAGGGCAGUUACAGCACCCAAAACUCAAGCGCUCAAGGCCAAGGCCAGGUCGAUGCCCCACAAGGCGGAGGCGGACGAGGAUGAGGAUGGCGAAGGUGAGGGCGAUCCAGAGAGCCGCAGCAGCAAUAGCCGCGAAAUGGACAGCUAUAUCGCUCUGCACGGUCGUUUGGAGUGCAGCAUUUGCGGCGGCGACGAUCAGUUUCCCAAUUUCGCCGAGAUGAAGCGGCACUUCCGGAAUCAUCACCAGUCCCUCGGUUAUGUGGUCUGCUGCCAGCGGCGCUACAAGAAGCGUGCCCUCUACGUGGACCACCUGCACAUGCACAACGAUCCGAAUUACUUUAGGUGCAAGAUCUGCUCCAAGCAACUGGUCAGCCGGAUUAGCUACGAUGUACACAUGCUGCGCUUCCAUCCCAACAAGGACGACCUGAACUUCGCGUGCGAUCAGUGCUCCAAGCGGUUCUCCAAGCAAUUCCUUCUCACCAUUCACUCCAGGGUGCACCAGCAGGAGCGCAAUGAGCAGUGCAAGCACUGCGACAGAUCUUUUCGCACCGCCGUUGACCUGCGGCUGCACAUGCGACGCACCCAUGACCCCGCCUUCGUGCCCUUCAUCUGUGACUCGUGCGGCGCCAAGUUCAAGACGAAACAGAACCUGCUAGUGCACAAGCGGACCGUGCAUCGCGAGGGCUCCCAGCUGCCCGAGGUACAGUGCCAGGAGUGCCAGGUGUGGCUGUCCGACGAGAACAGUUUGCGCAAGCACAUGUACAUGCAUCUGGAUGCCGCCUCGCUGCGUCAGUGGAAGUGCGAGCAGUGCGGCCUGGAGAAGGGUUCGCGGGCCAAGCUGGCGGCCCACAUACGCUACCAUCAUCCGAAGGAAUACCACAAGUGCACGCACUGCGCCAAGGAGUUCAAGAGCAGUCGCAGCCUCGAAGAGCACACGGCCACGCACACCGGCCAGGAUUUGUACGAGUGCGCAUUCUGCGAGCGCACCUUCAAGAACUCGGGGAACAUGCACAAGCACCGCCGCCAGAUGCACGCAGCCCAGGUGGCCGCCCUGCAGCAGCAGAAGAAGGUGCCGCCCAGCAAGCGUAAGGACAAGGGUGACCUGCUGCUCGACGUCCUGGCCGCUGGAGGCAAGGAUAUGAACCACGUCAUGGGCGCGGGCGACAUGAAUGACUGAUUGAAUCUAAAAACCAAAUAAACUAGAUUGGAAUGACACAUAAAACACA